AUGGAAGAUCCAAAAUUAGAAAAACAAUUUCGAAGUCAUCGUAGUACUGUUACAUCGCUUAGUUUUUCACCUAAUACAAAACAAAUUGUAUCGGGAAGUUUGGAUUCGUGUCUUUUUGUUUGGCCAUUUAAACCGCAAGUCCGUGCAUAUCGUUUUGUUGGUCAUAAUGAUGCUGUCUAUUCUGUAUGUUUUUCUCCAUCGGGUCAUUUAAUUGCGUCAGGUUCAAAAGAUAAAACUAUUCGUGUUUGGAUUCCAAGUGUAAAAGGUGAAUCAACUGUUUUUAAAGCUCAUACAGCUGCUGUUCGAUGUGUUGAUUUUUCAAAUGAUGGCCAAAAUCUACUAAGUUCAUCAGAAGACAAAACUAUCAAGCUUUGGACUGUUCAUCGACAAAAAUUUCAAUUUUCACUCAAUCAACAUUCAAAUUGGAUUCGAUGUGCAAAGUUUUCACCGGAUGGUCGAUUAAUUGUUAGUUGUAGUGACGAUAAAACAAUUAAACUAUGGGAUAGAAAUACGAAUGAAUGUAUUCAUACAUUUUACGAACCACAUGGAUUCCUUAAUAGUGUUGCCUUUCAUCCAAGUGGAACUUGUAUUGGCGGUGGUUCUACCGAUGCAAGCGUAAAGAUUUGGGAUAUGCGAACAAGAAAAUUAAUUCAACAUUAUGCAAAUCAUGUAGCAUCAGUGAACAAUAUUUCAUUUCAUCCAAAUGGAAAUCAUCUAUUAACAGCAGCAAAUGAUGCUACUUUGAAAGUAUUCGAUUUACUUGAAGGACGUCUUAUGUAUACUUUACAUGGUCAUCAAGGACCUGCAAUGAGUACAGCUUUUUCAAAACAAGGCGACUAUUUUGCAUCAGGCGGUCAAGAUCAACAAGUAUUAAUUUGGAAAACUAAUUUUGAUGCUAAUACUCCAUCUAUUGAUCCAACUAAUAAUAAAUAUGCAAAUAUAACGGAUUAUGCUACAACAUCACGAACUUCAUUAGAGGAUCAACAGAAAAGUAGAUCGCAAAUAACAUCGUUACAAGCAAAGACUCAACCAGAAACAAGCGAUGAAAGACAAGCACGAAAAAUUGAUGUACGCAAUGGAAAACCUUCAAUGUGUAUGUUCAAUGAUGAUGAUGAUGAUCCUGUGGAAAUAGCAAAUAUUGAAUCACAACAUAAGAAUGGCAUUUCCCGACCGAAUAGUGCUUCGCUUGAUUUUUCAAAUUCAGCUGCCAUAUCCAAUAGAAUAAACCGAAAUACUCAUUCGAAACGUGACAUAGAAAUGAGUAAUCAACAGUCUUGUACAUUUCAAUUGGCAAAUACAAUUGAUCAUAUUGUUCAGCAAUUGGAUGUUUUGACAAAAACUGUAUCUAUACUUGAAACAAGAUUAACAAUGACGGAAACCAAAUUACAAGAAAUUAAUAAUGCAGAACCAAAUAUAAAAUAA